AGGCAGCACGAGCUCCUGGCUGGUAGCGUGGAGUUGAAACUAGAGACACCCAGAGAGGAGGUCGCUGUGGUACUUUUUACUUUAAAAAAAAAAGUUCUUGAAACUUGCGAAAGAUUUAAAUUAUAUCGUAUCGUUUUCAUGGCAGACUACUAGUGGUUCGGAGGUAAUUGUUUGUUGACAUGAAAUAGUCUAUCAUUGUUGGGGGAAAAAUAAUUGAAGUUGGGCUCGCUGGCUUCUGCAUGGUCCCUGGCUAGCUAACAGUUAGCUGCGGAGGCUACUUGGCUAGCUGGCUAGCGAGGUCCAGCCCAAAAUUUGUUUACCCCGAGUUGUGGAUGCGGUCGCCCCCCUAAGCUUUUUUCACGACUUUUCUCUGGGAUAAGAAAGCCGGGACCAAGAAUCCACACUGGAUUUAACACUGCGCGCUGUUAGGAAACUAGCAGGAUGUCCACCGAGGUUGAGUGUAGUCAGGUUGACUCAGGUUUGACAGCGGCCAGCUCCGGCGGAGUCCAAGAGAAGAACCAAAACAAGUCGGAGGGGGCUCACCUGCACAAAGAACAAGAGAACCAGGGGCAAAAAUGCUCGGAGAAACAACUGUCGGAUGCCAACAGGUCCGAGUCGACCAAGAGCCCGACGGACACGCACAAGAAAUGCAAAGAAAAAGAUAAAGAAAACGACCAAAGCAGCAACGCUGACUCGGCUGUUGAGACCGUGAAGAAGAAAGUUGUGGAGGCUCCUCCACCGAAAGUCAACCCGUGGACGAAAAGGACCACGGGCAGAGUGCCCGUUAAUAACAUGAACUCGAGCCCCCAAGAGAAAGAUCAACAGAACACUCUGAAAGUUGUCAGAGCCAGCAAGCCAAGGCCGAGAAAAACCAGCAAGUCAGGGGAUUUCAGUGAUAUCACAAACUGGCCCACACCUGGAGAGCUGGCCAAAGAGCAGCAACAAAAUGUCCUGAACAACAAUGGAAGAAAGCCUCCCGCGCGCAGGGAGAGAGAGAAGCGGAGGGACCGACUGGACAGAAAGUCAGAGAGCAGCCAUGACGGAGGCGAGAGCAAAGAGAACCAGGAGGCCCAGCCCGAUGCGCUGGGAGAGCUGCCCAGAGACGCAGAGUCCAAGGCGGGACACGACGCCAAGAGCAGCGCCCUGAAGAAGAGAGGAGGUGAGGGUAACAAACGUAAGUGGGUUUCUCUGCCGCUGGAAGACGCGUCCCGAGACGAUCUCGACAAGACGCCCAGCGGGGCCCCAACUCACUUGGACACAGAGCCCACCGGUGACUCCCCCGACCCCACGUGGCCCAAUCAAUCGCCCCAUUAUAGCAGGGCACAUGAUAGCAGCCGGAGUUGGAGGGCAGAGCCACGGGAAUACGGGGACGACGCCCUCAGUGUCCGAAGCGACAGCGGGAGCCUUCGGGGGGGAAUACGAGGCCGGGGAAAAGGCCGUGGACGCGGGAGAGGUCGCGGACGAGGUCGGUAUGAAUACUCCGCUAACUUCCGAGAUGGCCAGUCAUCCGACGGUUCCGCUCAGGCCCCCACAGAGUUCGGCACCAACAUGGUUUAUUACUACGACGACGGUAGCAAAGUCCAGAUGUACUCGGUGGACGAAAAGCUUCUCAAGGAAUACAUCAAACGGCAAAUCGAAUACUACUUCAGCAUCCACAAUUUGGAGCGUGACUUCUUCCUGAGGAGAAAGAUGGACGCACAGGGCUUCCUCCCCAUCUCCCUCAUCGCCAGCUUCCACAGAGUUCAGGCUCUCACCACCGACGUCAGCCUCAUCAUAGAGGCUCUGAAAAACAGCACCGAAGUGGAGCUGGUAGACGACAGGAUUCGCUGUAAAACGGAGCCUGAGCGCUGGCCCAUCGCCGUCCCUCUCGUUGUGGGGUCCCCACGCACCGACUUCUCCCAGCUCAUCAACUGUCCAGAGUUCGUUCCCCGACAGAACAUCAGCUCCACGAACUCGGCUUCAUCGCCUGUGAAGGAGGCUCCUAUAGAGUCAGCACAGCCUCAGGACUCUUCUGAACCUGUACAAGAGUCCCUCCCGGGCAAGGACGACUCUAAAGACUCGACGUCCCCGAAGCCGGACCCCGACGCCUGGGUCCAAGUGGAGAAACGGCACCGACAGGCCUCCGGGAAGCCAAAGCAUGUCAGUGAUGAUGUGUGUGCUGCUGGCUCCUCUCCCCCCUUAGAGCUACAGCCUGACCUCCUUCCCCCUGCAGGAGACAGCAAGGCAAAUCCUCCCAACCAGCAGGCCCCUCCGCCCCCCGAGCAAGACCAGGAGGAGCUGGACUUCAUGUUCGACGAAGAGAUGGAGCAGAUGGCCCCCAGGAAGAACCAGUUCACCGACUGGUCGGACGAGGACGACUCGGACUACGAGCUGGACGACCAGGACGUCAACAAGAUUCUCAUCGUCACACAGACCCCUCCCUACCUCCGCAAGCACCCCAGCGGCGAUCGAUCCGGCAACCACGAGUCCCGGGCCAGGAUCACGGCCGACCUGGCCAAAGCCAUCAACGACGGGCUGUACUACUACGAGCAGGACCUGUGGAAGGGAGAGGAGCAGAUUGAGUGCAGCAAGGACGUCGAAAACUUCAAGAAGCUGAACGUGAUCAGUAAGGAUGAGUUUGACAUCCUCACCCCCAAAGUGCCCGUUGACCCAAACCAGGAAGCCCCAGCUCCUCCCAUGCCAGCAGACAACGGAGCAGAAUUGUCCCACUCUCUGCCCACGACUGUGCCAGAGUCGCCCGUCUCCCAACAACCCCGGACCCCCAGGACGCCUCGCACCCCCGGGCGCCAGGACCCCAGCAAAACCCCGCGCUUCUACCCCGUCAUGAAGGAGAGCGGUGCCGUGGACGGACAGAUGCCGAGAAAGAAGAAGACCCGCCACAGCUCAAACCCGCCUCAGGAGGCCCACAUCGGCUGGGUGAUGGACUCCCGUGAACACCGGCCGCGCUCUGCCUCCAUCAGCAGCUCCAAUGCGUCUCCGUCAGAAGGAGCCCCGCUGUCGGGAAGCUACGGCUGCACCCCCCAGUCCCUGCCCAAAUUUUGGCAUCCCUCCCACGAGAUGCUGAGGGACAACGGCUUCACCCAGCAGGGAUACCACAAGUACCGCCGACGGUGCCUUAAUGAGAGGAAACGGUUGGGGAUCGGCCAGUCUCAGGAGAUGAACACACUGUUCAGGUUCUGGUCCUUCUUCCUGAGGGACAACUUCAACAGGAAGAUGUACGAGGAGUUCAAGCAGUUUGCGGUAGAGGACGCCAAAGAAAAUUACAGGUAUGGACUGGAGUGUCUCUUCAGGUACUACAGCUACGGUUUGGAGAAGCGGUUCAGGUUAGAUCUCUUCAAGGACUUCCAAGAGGAGACCCUCAAAGACUUUGAGAAAGGUCAGCUGUAUGGACUGGAGAAGUUCUGGGCCUUCCUGAAAUACUCAAAGGUGAAAAACCAGCCCAUCGACCCCAAGCUGCAGGAGCAUCUCUCCCAGUUCAAGAACCUGGAGGACUUCAGGGUGGUGCCGCCGGCGGGAGAGGACGGAAGCAGGAGGAGACGCCACUCGUCCUCGGCCGGGGACGAGGGCAGGCGUCGGCGACACCCCUCCAACACUACCUCAAAGCCCUCCCAGGCCCCCAAACCCUCCAACGCCUCCUCUUCCUCCGCCGCACAGAGCGCACCCAAAGAAAACGCCCAGAAACCCGGCGCGGCGCCACCGGCCCACGGGAAGAAGGCCGACCCCCGGGCGGCGAAGAAGGACGGCGCCGCACCAAACAAAUGAAGCCUCCCGGUGUGGGGUUUUGGGUUAGACGAGGUGCGGAGCGGAGCGGGCAUCUACGGCUAUCAGCUCAGCGUCCACUCCUCUUAGAGGCUACACCAUCUGAGAAUGGAGAGAGAGACCGAGCCUGGUCUGAUUGUCUUUAUAUCAGCGCAUUUCAUUUAAAAGCAAGCGAGCUCGAGCCCGCUCGCCCGACGGCGCAUAACGUUUACAAAACAACCAAAAAAAAAAGGCUUUUUUUUUUCCUUCUUCACAGAAUUGUGGCUUUUUUUCCCCCCCUCCCUCUCAGAUGCCAAACCGCUUCAUCCAUUGGUCUCUGUUGCCUGCUCUGAUCUGUGAAGAGCUGUGAAACCGUUCUUCUAGUCUGCCAAGAUGGGAGACACAGCGGAUAGUCUUGUGUGCCUUAAUCUUGUUUAUCGCGAUGUCAGGAGCAGCAAAAAAAUGCUCUAGAUCCAACUUUUUAUGGUCUUCCUAAUUAUAUGUUUGGGUUUUUUUCAAAGAGUUUUUUUUUUUUUUUUU